AUGGCUUCUAUCCCCCAGCCUGGUCCUGAGACCAUGGUCACCCUCAAGGUGACUUUUGAGAACACCACUCGCCGAGUCAAGAUGCCACUUCGUGACAUGACGCCUCAUGUUCUUGAAAACAACAUCCGACUCUUCCUUCGCAUCGCUCCCGAGACCCGAAUGAUCGUUGAGCGCUACUCUGACUCUGCCAGUGCCUUCGUCGUUCUCGACUCAAAUAAUCUGCCAGUCUACAAGCAGCUGUACAGAGCCGCGAAGGCCAAGUCAAAGCUGAAGCUGCGUGUUUCUGUUAUCCAGCCACAGCCAAAGACUACACCAAAGCCCGUCACCGUGGAAGAUGCGCCAGAGGCUACAGCAGCCGAGACCUACGAGCCUACUGACAAGAUAACUCCCACCGAGAGCGACGCAUCUCAGUCCACAUCAGAUUCUGCCACAGAGAUGCCGACGCCAUCUACGGUUCCAUCUUCGAUUACCCUUCUCUCGGGUGUCGAACUGCCCCUGCGAACUGUCUCACCUGCUCGACCUGAGGUGGUUGAGACGACCAAGGUCGAGGAGACGGCUGAGACCCCCGUCCCUGAAUCCCAGCCAGCCAACUUUGCCCAAUCUGCUCCUUUUGACCCUCAAACAGUAUACUCUUCGUUCCAAGAGUACUGUGACCCAGCACCAGCACCAGGGCCAUCUCAUAUCAUUACCCCCGCUCCGUUUGCUGUCUGCUGCAACAACUGCGAAAAGACGGUUGCGGAUGUUCACUAUCACUGCCAGACUUGUGAUGACGGCGAUUUCGAUCUUUGCCAGGCCUGUGUUGAUCAUGCAGUCAGCUGCUAUGAUGAGAACCACUGGCUGAUCAAGCGGACCAUGGUAGACGGCCAGCUCGUCGCUAGCAGCACUGAGAAGAUUGAGCCCAAGUCCAAGUCCAAGAAGCAGGAGGAAACCCCGGUUCAAGAGGAAUCAAUCCCUACACCCGAGAGAGUCGAAUAUGCCAUCGAAACCACUCACAUUGAGAAUGCUCCAGAGCCAUCUAUUUGCAAGCCAAUCGUCACUGAGCCUCUGAGAACUAUUGAUGUAGCUCCCGCAUUCUCUCCAAGAGUUCCAUUUGUUGAUCCUGUGGGCGCCAGAUGGUCCUGCUUGGGCAACAUGCGAACAUGCAACUGCUGUGUUCAAGAACUUCCCGAGGCUGAGUUCCUCCACUGCACUACUUGCGAGGAUUUCGACCUCUGCCAGGGAUGCUUCGCCAAGGAUGCCCACGGCCACCACCCCAAGCAUGCAUUUAUCCCUGCUGUUGCAGGCACUAAUAUGCCAGAUCACAUUACUGUCAAGAUGGGAGCUGGUCGCAACCAAGCCCACCACGCUGUUUGUGAUGGCUGCGACAAAUACAUCACUGGCGUCCGCCACAAGUGUCUGGACUGCCCAGAUUGGGAUUAUUGCUCUGAAUGCGUUGUCAACGCUGCCUUUGUCCACGCCAACCACCGCUUUGCGCCCAUCUAUGAGCCUCUCGCGGAUGUUCAUUCCUACGUUUGUGCUCAGCCUGUGCACAUGGGCAUUUGCUGCGAUGGACCCCUGUGCUCCAGCAAUCAGGACUAUCCCACCUACAUCAGAGGCGUGCGCUACAAGUGUGCAGUCUGCCAUGACCUUGAUUUCUGCGCAAACUGCGAGGCCAGUCCCGCCAACGACCACAACAAGACACAUCCCCUUAUCAAGUUCAAGACUCCUGUUCGCCAUGUUAGCGUUACUACUACUGGCGAGCACCAGGAUGGCAAGCGCAUGCCCCCUAUGGGCGACCGCGUCAAGAACGCCUUCAAACCUGCGGAGACUUUGGGCGAGAACAACUCCAUCAACACCGUGCAAACGGUUGUGGACGUGAAGCCUGAAGAGCCCAAGGUUGAGGAACCCAAGGUUGAGGAAACCAAGGUGAAGGAAGAGCCCGAGUCUGAGGCCAAGGAAGAGGCCAAGGAGGAGGUCAAGGAGGAAAAGGUCGCUGAGGUUAUGGCAUCGGUCAAUGAGCAAGACCUCCGUGCCGUCUUCAUUCGCGACUCUGUUUCUGAUGGCACAGUCAUGCCUCCCAACCACGUCUUUGAGCAGACCUGGGUCCUUCGCAACGAGGGCACAACUGCUUGGCCUGCUGGAUGUUCCGUCAAGUUUGUUGGCGGUGACUACAUGGGCCACGUUGAUUCCGCUCACCCUGCUGGUAUCUCAGAGCUUGUGUCAGCAUCAGAGUCAACAGUCUGCUACGCCCCUCUUGCCCCAGGCAAUGAGUUCCCCUUCACCGUGCUCCUCCGCACUCCUGCUCGCGCGGGCCAGAUCAUCUCCUACUGGCGCUUGACCACUCCUGAUGGAUUCAAGUUUGGUCACCGCCUUUGGUGUGACGUCAGUGUGCGAAUGCCCCCGCCUGAGGCUCUGCCGACGACUACGGUCGAGGAGCCCAAGAAGGAGGAGGACGCCCAGACUGGUAGCGUCAUGAUCUUCCCCAAGCUUGACAAGGAGUCACCUCAUGCUAGCAUGCAUGCAGAGCUUCAAACUCAGUCUGUCGCUGGAGACGAGAGAGCCACAGAGGCGGAAUCUCUGACUGUCAGCGGAGAAGAGUAUGAGUGGGAUGGAUCAGAUGACGGCUUCAUGACCGACGAAGAGUACGAUAUCUUGGACGCUUCUGAUGAAGAGUACCUGGAGGAUCGCGAAAAGAGAUUGAGGAAGUAA